AUGCCUGGCAUCGAUCCCCAAAUCAUCUGCCAUCGCCUACACGUCAACCCAGCCAUCAAGCCUGUAGCGCAGAAAAGACGCAACUUCGCCCCCGAGCGAGUCGCCAUCAUUGAAGCUGAGAUCGACAAGCUUCUAGUUGCCGGUUUCAUUGAAGAAGUCUCAUACGCAGAAUGGCUGGCAAACGUUGUUCUAGUAGCAAAAAAAGAUAAAGGCCUGUGGAGAGUGUGCGUCGACUAUACUGACCUCAACAAGGCAUGUCCUAAAGAUAACUUUCCACUGCCGAGAAUUGACCAGCUCGUCGAUUCAACUUCCGGCAAUCAACUGCUAAGCUUUAUGGACGCCUACUCCGGUUACAACCAGAUCAUGAUGCAUGAAGACGACAAGGCAAAGACCUCUUUAAUCAUCGAAAGAGGUACCUACUGCUACAAGGUCAUGCCCUUUGGGCUGAAGAACGCCGGGGCAACCUACCAAAGGCUGGUGAAUAAAAUUUUCAAGGAGCAAAUCGGCAAGACUAUGGAGGUCUACGUAGACGACAUGCUAGUCAAAGCUCCCGAGCGAGCAGACCACAUCGAGAAUCUUGCCGAGGCAUUUAGCAUACUCCAAAAAUACAACAUGAAGUUGAACCCGAGCAAAUGCACAUUUGGAGUCUCGUCCGGCCGAUUCCUUGGAUACUUAGUCACCCAAAGAGGAAUUGAGGCACAUCCAAAUCAAAUCAAGGCUAUACUCAACAUGAAGUCACCUGCCACAACAAAGGAGAUACAAAGUCUAACGGGUAGGGCGGCAGCUCUCAACCGAUUCCUCUCUAGAUCUACCGACAAAUGCAGGCCAUUUUUCAAAGCCUUGAAGAAGGGACACAAAGACAAGUGGGAUGACGAGUGUGAAGUAGCUUUUCAAAACUUGAAAACUUACCUCACUUCACCUCCAUUGCUCUCAAAACCGAUACCAGGCGAGGACUUGUACAUCUACCUAGCGGUGUCCCACUCAGCUGUCAGCUCAGCUCUCAUCCGAGAAGAGCUGGGGGCACAACAUCCGGUAUUCUACACUUCAAAAGCUCUCCUCGAUGCAGAGACUCGCUAUCCGAAAAUGGAGAAGCUCAUUUUUUCGCUUGUGGUUUCUGCGAGAAAAAUUUCCUUUGAGAUCGAUCCCUCACAGCCCCGACGCUUCUCAGCGACUCAUGAAAUGGGCUAUCGAACUCAGUCAAUACAACCUCCUCUACCGGCCGAAGACUGCUAUAAAAGCCCAAGCUUUAGCAGAUUUUGUUGUAGAGUUUACGUGGCCGAAGAAGAGAUUGUCACGAAAAGCAAGGAAAAAGCGGACGACACCUCCCCCACCGAUUCAAACCUACCUAACGACAUGUGGCAGUUGCAUGUAGACGGAGCAUCAAAUCACAAAGGAGCGGGAGCAGGAGUCGUCAUAAUCACCCCAGACGGAACCUUGUUGGAACAAGCUAUCACACUAGGCUUUUCUGCUUCAAACAACGAGGCAGAAUAUGAGGCACUGCUUGCAGGACUACGCCUAGCGAAAGAACUGUCGAUCAAGAGACUGGCCAUCUACUCAGACUCCCAACUAAUCACGAAUCAAGCCUCAGGCGAGUACAUGGCAAAGCAUCCAAGAAUGGUCCAGUACCUCGACAAAGUCCAAGGACUUUUGAAAGAAUUCCCUACUUUCACCAUCCAACAAAUUCCACGGGCAGAGAACACUCAUGCAGAUGCGUUGGCGAGCCUAGGAUCAGCACUGGACACCCAUUCAGACGCUCCAUCCCAGUUGAACACCUUGACCGGCCAAGCAUCGAAGAAAUAG